GCGUCACUCGUACUUUACAAACGUGAGCGUCCCAUAAAUUGUGUUUCCGCGGUUGUCGACCCGAACGGUUACGAAGCAGAGGUCGCACGCACGCGCAGCCCGUAAUACGGAAGGUCACGUUACCUCGGUUGCUCAAAACCGUCUAUGCUGAAAAGCAGCAGUACUGUCUCCUUUUAAGAAGCGUAAUGGACGGUUUUGAUCAUCUCAGUGUGUCGGAGAAAGCGGAAGCGACAGAGCUCCAGCGACUGAUCGCCAUCGAGCAGCAGAAGGCGCAGUUCCAGGCCCAGGUGCACAACUUCACAGAUGUGUGCUGGGACAAGUGUGUGGACAGUCCAGGGACGAAAUUAGACUACAGGACAGAGACUUGCCUUGUGAGUUGUGUGGAGCGGUUCAUCGACACCACCUUGGCCAUCACCAACCGCUUCACUCAGAUGGUGCAGAAAGGCACUCAUUGACUGAUGGACUUGACAUAGCCCUUUGCUGGAUUCUGUUAGCAUAUGAAUAAAAUGUUUUUAUUACUAACAUGUUUGUGAGGACAGUAUCGCUCCUAUGAUCUGCUGUCAGGCGUGUUGCUAGCAACCAGCAGCAAUGAGCAUUUCAUGUUUGAAUGCAGUGGUCAUUGAAUUUGGACAAAAGUAAACUGGCUGAUAUUGGAA